GAUUAAAGAAAGAAAUCGCCUAAUGUUCUGGAUUUUAAGUGGAAUUCUGAUAAAUCCACUCUAGUGGUCUCAUAUUGUAUUUUAUUAUUUUAGUAGUUGCCUUUUGGGAUUGCUUUCCUUCUUGUUUAUGAAACAUUGCAAUCAUUACAUUGCAGGUCAGAGAUUGACUGGUUUGGCUGGGAGCCCUGCUUAUGUUGGCCCAGAAGUUCUCCUGGGCGAUUAUUUUGAGAAAGUUGAUAUAUGGAGUGCUGGUGUCCUUCUACAUGCUCUCUUGACUGGUCUUCUCCCAUUUCAAGGAGACUCACUAGAAGCAGUUUUCGAAGCAAUCAAGAGCAUGAAGCUUGAUUUCCACACCGGGAUAUGGGAGUCUAUAUCGAAAGUUGCACGGGAUCUGAUUGAGCGCAUUCUUACAAGAGAUGUUGCAACAAGGAUAACAGCGGAUGAAGUUCUAAGCCAUCCAUGGAUCUUGCUCUGCACUAACCGCACAUUAAGGACGCUAUCUAUAAAGUCAAAAUGAAAGAGCCGGUCACCACCACCACCUUCCCAGCUACCAGCCAC